UUGGCACCCGGAAGUCGGCUCCACGUGGGUGAAGCGGGGAGAAUGUCUGCGGUGCUGCUGCGCAAGGGGCUGGAGCUGCUGGAGGAGACAGGUGCGGCGGGUACCGGGCCGGAGCGGGGCGGACAUCCCCUGCCCGCCUUUCUCAACAGCUCUGUUCUCCCGGCUCUAGGGCGCGGGGCGGAUCCUCCUAGACGCCGGGCCGGGCUCAGCGGCCGCCCGAAGCGGUCGGGGAAAGCGCCGCGGAGGAGGAAGGUGGCUUUGGGACUCAACGGGGGCAACGCCACAGUCAAAGGCAGAGUGACCAAGUCGGCAAUAGAUGAGUAUCAGAAGAACAAGGCUGUGAAUCAUUUGAAGAAGAACUUGCAGUACAUGAUGAAUACCCGAUUUGUUGCAAACAAAGCCAUCACGCAGCAGGUUCUCACCCACAAUCAAGGCAGGAAAUCUAAAGACCGUCCUCCAGAGAAGCCAAAGAAGAAGUCUGAAAGCACCGUCUUCACUGAAGAAGAUUUCCAGAAAUUUGAGAAGGAAUACUUUGGGAAGGCUUAAGCAGCAUGAGAAGAACUUGCCAUUUCAGCUUCUCAAAAACUGAGUACUUGGAGCAUAGAACUGAUCCUGUCCUGUUGCCUGAGGUGGGAAGCAAACAAUGCCUUUUAUUUGCAAACAUUUAGAUGGCACAUCAGCUUGGGAGAUCUUGCAUCUCUGCAGAGACUUUAUUUGUAUAGUGUGGGGUGUGAUGCUAUAGACUUGAGACAGCAGCCCUAGGAAUCAUCUUGCCUUAAAAGUCCGUUAUGUUUCUUGUUACCCGCUUCAAUCCUGUACUUCUUAUGUUCUUCUGGAAGAACAUGACAGAUUCUCCAUUCAAGCUAGAUGUAAAGUCUCUUUUGUGUGGUUCCACUCAUUAGCUGAGGGCAACUUAAACUACUGUAUCUCAGUGGAUAGAUCCCCAGGAGGUAGUUCAGAAAUGAACUCUGGACCAGGAGUCAUCAUCAGAACAAGGGAAAGGAUAUUCCAGGAAGGAGGAAAUUUGGACACAGUUUCUCUCUGUAUUUAGUGUCAUCUCCAUCAUUGCAAGAUGCUGCAAGAUGGUUAGUGCUGUAACAACCCUAGAAGUUAAUGGCCUUCCUUGCUUUUGUGGUGGAGUGGUGAUAAUGACAGAGAUUAAACGGGUCAGUCCAAGAAUAAUUUUCUUUAGGCUGUUUUAGAGUUUGAUGAAGGUCCUCAUGAACGACUGGUGCCUCCUGAGACGGGACGGGGGACAUGGCACGGGACACAACCAUUUGUAGCCAGCAGCAAGCAAGGACUGCCCGCAGAUGCCAGUGGUGGUGUUGUGGGGGUGGGGCAGCGAGCAGCAACUGCCCGCAGAAGCCAGUGACCAAUCUCAAGGGGCGUGUGCCCCUCCCCCCCAAGCAACACCUAUGAAGGUCCUUUCUGUGAUCCAUGUUAUCACAUGUACAUGUUUCUUUCUUUUUACUGUGAUACUUGGCUCUCCAUGGAGUGCUGAGAACAGAAUUGAAAUGAUUCCUCUCUCUCUCUUCUCUGUGGGACUCUUCAUGGUCACUCCCACAGCUUAGGUUAAAGCAUCAUUCAUAUAGCAUAUAGCUGAACUUGGAUAUAUCAAGGAGACCAACCACAUAAGGUAUUGUUGCUGCAUAGAAGGGCUCAUGAUAGGCCUCAGCUUUCUUGUUAUGAAACUGGAAGGAGUAGCUAGCUAUCUGCCACCUCAUCUGGAGAUACCAGGCCUGCCCUGGCAGAACGUGGUGAUACCACCAGUCUGCUAGAUCACAUCUUCACACCCAGUGGUUCUGUUGUUAUACUCAGGCAGCUGUGCCAGAGUGCAAAGCGUAUUCUGGGAGGGCACCAGCUGCCAAAUGGAAAAGAGAAGGGGUAGAUUUCAUAGACAUUAGGGCUGGAAGGGACCUCGGAAGAUCAUUGAGUCCAGCCCGCCACCCAAAGGGCAGGAAGUCAGCUGGUCAUAGGAUCCCAGCAAAAUAAGCAUCCAAUUUACUCUUGAAGGUGUUCGGUGUAGGUGCUUGAACCACCUCCGAUGGCAGGCUAUUCCAGACCUUGGGGGCUUGGGGUAGCAGAAGCCUUACUCUGCUCAGGAGAGGUGAAGUAGCUCUGCCAGUGGACUUUAAGGUUCUGACACCUGAGAGGGGCUCUGAGCUUAAGUGCCUCACUUUCACUUAUAUGACUAGAGUUGUACCAGAAAAAUUGUCAUAAACCAAGCCUGGGUGAAGGGAGAAAAUCUGCCAAACAAAUCAAUAUUAUGUUUUAUAGAUGUUGCAACAAACAAUUUGGCCAGCUGGUGGGGGUGUUGCUGCUUCAGACAUUCCCAUAACCAACCUAAGCUGUGUUUCUGGUGAAAUGGUAACUCUUAUCACAGCUUGUAUCCCUUUACCUUAGCCAAUAGGAGCUGUGUUCUGAAAAUAGGAAGAAUGAGUCACAUUCUUAGCCCCAUGCCCUCCCUGAGCACCACCAAGAUCUUUUUCCCCUACCCAGUCUGCUGCUGAGUUUUCUGCUCCCCACCCAAACUGCUGUACUGCUUCCUGUCCCAUGCUCCAUGCCUGAUCAAAGAUGCUUUGCUUUCUGUUCCCUGCCCUAUCUACCACUGGUGUUUGUCCCCACCCCAGUCUGCUGUGCACCACACACAAAGGCUGUCCACAUCACUUGUGGCACCUAUGCUGCAGGUUGGCCACCCCUGUCAUAGACUAAAUCAGAAAUGCGUAAGCUUUCAUGAGCCCAAACUUACUUCAUCAGGGGCUGUGAAAGGGCUUGCAGAAGGCAAGGUAGAGGUGUACCUUAUAAACCAACUGACUACAGGGUAUUCAAUUAGUCCAGGGUUGAAUCACCCUGUGACCCACAGACCAGAUCUGGGUGCUGGCACCAUGUCAUUUGGCCCAUGGGGUUGGGGGCCCAUAAGGAUCCCCACAGGCUGUGACCCUGCAUGCUAGAUUCAUUGCACAGGGCCUGAUCCCAGCAUACAGGAGUGGCACAAGGCCCCAGGGCCCAAUCCCUGCAUGCAGGGGCCAGCUGAGGCCACAGGGGGCUCAAUACAGCCCACAGACCUGCUCUGUGUGCUUCAUCUGGCCCACAGAGCCAAAGGGCUGAGUGCCACUGAAUUAGUCCAUAAAGUGCAUCUCUACCCAGCCUUAUACCACAGCAUCUUCCUGUUGGCCCUGUUGUCUGUUUGCCUGUAGUAUCUUACAGGGAGCAGAGGAGGGUUGGAUGGUAAGUCUGGGAAGUUGAGGGGUUUGAACUGGCAUUUUGUACUGAUGAAAUGUAGGCAAUUCUGAGAAUGAGCAUCUGUACAAUGUGUGUCACUUGGAAGUUCUACAACAGAAUGUGGAAGGGAAUCUGGUCACUGGCACACUUCCCCUCUCUUUCUGCCAAAAGGAGAGGGACUAGAGUGGCCCAAAAACUAGUUCCCUAUUUCAAGUUUGUUGAUACAGAAACAAGAAAUUCAUGAAGAAAAGAAGUAAUUUCCUCCCCCUCCUUUUUUUUUUUUUUAACUAACUUUGAACUUAUUUCAAAGAGCAGUUUGCCAGGUGUCAAGAGCCAUUUUUAAUUUUCAGUGUUGUACAAAACUAGCCCACAUUGCUACAUACAAAGCAGCAACACUUCUGCCAGUAUAACUUAAAAAUACUGUAUGCCUGGCUGGUUGUUGGGGUGUUUUUGGCUCCCUAAUAAUUAUGGUGCACAACUCUUCAUAGAAAAGGGCAAAUUGAUGACAUGGUUCUAAGUUUUCUCAGCCUUACCCUUGCUUCUUGGAAGGCCUACUGCAAAUCUUUUGCCCAACAAGACUACCUGUCCUUCUUGUAGACCUUGGGGUGCUUCCCCUCUGCAAAAGAUGGAGCAAGCUUUAAGUUGCUGUGAUCUAUGUGCAGUGGAGGUCAGAAUCAUGCCUGGGACAGUGUAGGAUUAUAGCUAGAAGAGUGCUGGGACCAAUAAAAAUAAGUGUCUGCUGAUAUUGAGCUGCUGUGAGUGUGAUUCAUAUAGGAAGGCUGUGCUAGUUCAGCAUCUAGAUUUGGCAUUAGCUUACAUUAAAUUUGUGCAGACAUGUGCAAACUAGAGGUGCACCAGUAUAUCAGUUGUCUCUCUGAUCAGCACCAAUAAAAGGGGAAAUGACAUCAUCGGCUAUCGGCUUUUUUUUUUUACUGUUAUAGCCGAUAAUGUUUACAGAUAAUUAUGCCUUCUAGCUAGGGCCCCCUCUGCCCCGCAGGGCCAGCUUCCCACCCUGCCCCCCCAUGCUUGUGUUCCCUUGGGAAACAGCAGGCUUCCCCUUGUAGACAGGCACCAUUCUAGCCUGCAGGGAGCACCACACGCACGCAUGUGCCUGCAUACAUGCACGCAUGUGCCUGCAUACAUGCACAUGGCGAGAAAUACAGCCAGGGAAUGUGGAGGGCAGCUCCCACUGGAGUCUAUAGGGGAAGGGGUGUGGUGGGGGUGCAGAUUGAGGCCCCCACGGUGAAGGAGGGAGAGAGGCAGGGGCUGGGAGUGUUGCCAGCCAGUGCAGUGCAUGGCACCCAGGACCAGGAUGGAGCCAUGGGCAGCUUAUGCAGGGGGGACGGGGCAACUUCCAGCCACUGCAUACCCAUUGAGGGAGGAAUGGUAGGCAUGUGCAUCCCCAGAUUUGUGCCUGGGGCAGAUGCAGGGCUCUACUCUGCUGCCUUUCCCUUGGGAGCCCCAUGCUGGCUGCGCAGCACCUGCCCUCACAGCAGCAGUAAGGGCAGCAAGCUGUGCCCCCCGCUACUGUGUGGGUGGUACAACCCACUGCUGCCAAGCAGGCAGGGAGUGUGCGGCUGGUGUGGAGCUUCCUGGGGCAAAGGCAGCAGAGUGGAGAGCCUGAGCCCAGAGUAUACAGCCCGCAUCUGCCCGAGUCCCACUCUGCUCUACUCCACUUAAAAGCAUCCCUACACUUAAGGCUAAGCUACAUUAACUUUGGAGAGUUUACCUCCUUCCCACCCAACUUGUAAGACUGGUUUGCUCCCAAUGGGCCAAAGCUCAGGAACGCAGAAGAAUGAACUCUGGCCGUUUAAAUAAAGCUUCUCAAGAAGGGCUAGCUGUGCAGAGGAAGAGAGGAGUUAUUUCAUUUCCUAAAGAGAAGACAGGGUAGCUGAAUAAGCACGUAAGUUACAGUCAGAACUGAAGCUUUUAGAAUGCCAUCCCAGGGGAAGUCAAAGCUUGAGACUGGAUGCCUGAAGAAACAUGCACUGACCAGGAAGGAUACAGGGGCAGCCAUUUAUGUCAUGAUAACACGUAUUAACUGGUAGAACAUCGUGUUUCAUUGUCCCUGCUAACUGCGCACUUUUUGCCUGCAUUGGCUGCUCUCAGCACCACAAGUGUGAAAACCUCUUCAGGCUGCUUUGUUCUAGCAAGUAUAAAAUAAAGGCCUGGCCCCUAAUUUCACUGAGCAGGACAUAUCAGCAAGUGUUCCUCCCUGUCCCAACGCCACUAUCUCUGUAAGCUGAGGGAACAGCUUGUUGGAGGGUGGGGCCUCUGGGCAUGUAGGACUAUACCAUAUAAAAUAGAUGAAGCGUGGAGAGGGUCACACAGGUAAAUGACAGCUCUGGAACAGAGAAGGCAGGGUUAGAACUGCCUGUCACCUCUCGCCAGAGCUGUCCUAGGCUAGGACUGACAUGCUCACACAAGGAAUAGUCGGGGUGGGCAUGGAGAAGGGAGCUUCUCAGUAGUUACUCGUUCCAUUUGGCCUCUGCUGAGAGCAGCAGAAAGGCAAGAGUCCCAAAAAUAUCACCUUAAACUUGACAGACAGCCAGCAACAGUUGAACCUGUCCUGCCACAUUCCCCUAUGCUCCAGCUGUGAGCUGCCACAGAAGUAUGAGUGCUGCAUGGCCAGUAGUGCAUGUUGGAUGAGCUCAUUGUGUCUAAACUCCUGGCUUUAUUCCCAGCUCUGCGACAGUGACCGAGUAUGUUGCCGCAGAAAAUAUAGAUAGCUAAACUUGAGGGAGUGCCACCUUACAUGCAUUUCUCCACCCAUAUGGUGCAAGAAGGAGAGGGUAGCUAGCUGCUAGUUUAAUACAAAUGCAAAUAGAAGGCCAAAGCACUGACACAGCAGACCUUUCUUGAAAGAGGUUAUGCAGCAGAAAUACCCUCCCCUCCCAAAUGAUUAAUACUGGUGUAGCCUCCCGCAAACAAGAUCCAUAAAAAUCAGCUCACAGUCUUUUUCACCCCAGUGCCACAUGAAUGAGAAACAAACUGCUUGAUUUGGUGUUGACAGAUGCAGGCUUGCCUACACUGAUUUGCUCAUACCCUUGCUGUGUUAAACUUACUCACUAAGCCUGGGGUGUCAUCAAUUCCAGAUGGCUCUGUGAAAGCCUCUUUGAUAAGCAGCAAUAACCUGUGUUAGGCUAUGUAAGAGAGAGAGAGAGAGAGAGAGUGAAAAAUACAGGAACAAUGCAGUUAUGCAAAUCAACAGGACACAAUCAUGGAGAAUACUGAAGGGGCAGAAACAAAAGGUAUAUGAAAAAUGGUAACGGGGAAGACAGAUUGAAAAGGCAGCUGCUAAAACUUUCAAGAGCUCCUCAGAAGGCAUGUAGGUGCCUAAUUUCACUGAUACCAAUGAGAGGUGCCCAGAUACUUGAGGAUCUAGUCCCUUUUCCUUUUCAGAAGGGACUUGGGCACUUAGACAACUCUUACUGAAAAAAACUCAAGGGGACUUAGGUGCUUACAUAAUUAAGUUUCUUUAGAAAAUUAUAGUCACGGACUAUUUAGAGAGAAUACAUACUAGCACUGUACUGAAUGCAUAAUGGUGUAGAGAAGGUAAAAUAGGUGCCUUUCUUUCCCCCCCCCCAUUUUUCAUAAUGCAAGGAAAAAACAAAUGUUAACUGAACUGAAACACAAGAAAUUUAAAGCCUUAAAAAAAAAAAAAAAAGGAAUAAUUUUG